CACCGGUGUCUCUAGGGAAGGUGGGUCCUCUUCCCCACUUCCGGCGGAAGCGGCCUCAACAAGGGAAACUUUAUUGUGCCGCGCGUACGGCAGUGCCGGCGACGAUGUCGGUGAAUUAUGCAGCCGGGCUGUCCCCGUACGCGGACAAGGGCAAGUGUGGACUGCCGGAGAUCUUCGACCCGCCCGAGGAGCUGGAGCACAAAGUGUGGGAGCUGGCGCGGCUGAUGUGGGAGUCCUCCAGGGUGGUCUUCCACACGGGCGCCGGCAUCAGCACCGCCUCUGGCAUCCCCGACUUCAGAGGCCCCCACGGCGUGUGGACCAUGGAGGAGCGUGGCCUGGCCCCCAAGUUCGACACCACCUUCGAGAGCGCCCGGCCCUCCACGACCCACAUGGCCCUGGUGCAGCUGGAGCGCGUGGGCUUCCUCAGCUUCCUGGUCAGCCAGAACGUGGACGGGCUGCACGUGCGCUCCGGCUUCCCCAGGGACAAGCUGGCGGAGCUCCACGGAAACAUGUUUGUAGAGGAAUGUCCCAAGUGUAAGACGCAGUACGUGAGAGACACAGUCGUGGGCACCAUGGGUCUCAAGGCCACGGGCCGGCUCUGCACGGUGGCCAAGGCGAGGGGACUCCGGGCCUGUCGGGGGGAGCUGAGGGACACCAUUCUGGACUGGGAGGACGCCCUGCCUGACCGGGACCUGAUGCUCGCUGACGAGGCCAGCAGGAACGCAGACCUGUCAGUCACCCUGGGCACCUCGCUGCAGAUCCGCCCCAGUGGGAACCUGCCCCUUGCCACUAAGCGCCGGGGAGGCCGUCUGGUCAUUGUCAACCUACAGCCCACAAAACACGACCGCCAGGCUGACCUGCGCAUCCACGGCUAUGUGGACGAGGUGAUGAGCAGGCUCAUGAAGCAUCUGGGGCUGGAGAUCCCCACCUGGGAAGGACCCCGUGUGCUGGACAAGGCCCUGCCACCCCUGCCGCGCCCAGCUGCACCCAAGGCUGAGCCCCCUGCGCAUUUCAAUGGCUCGGUGCACGCUCCGUGUAAGCCAGAGCCCGACAGUCCUGUACCCCACAGGCCCCCCAAAAGAGUGAAGACCGAGGCUGUCCCCAGCUGACCCGAGUGUGUGGGGCGGGAGGGGUACUUGUAGGAACCACACAUGUUGGGGGUUUUUGUUUUGAUUUUUAUGUGCUGGGGACUGAGCCCAGACUGGCACAUGCCAUGC